GCGGGGGCCCGGCCACUUGGAGCAGCUCUGCCGCGGGGACUGCACUGUCCGCCCUGCCAGACCCGCCCCGACUGGGGCUCGCCGUCACCAGCAGUCACAGCACUGCGACCUCGGGCCCUACGUCGGCUAUGGCUGCGUCCUGGGACUAAGUCCGCAGGUUGUGUGACUGAGAUUCCCAAAGAGAGAGAGACUGAUAAAAGAAGAGAAGAAGGAGGGGCGGGCUCCUGGCAAGGCGUUCGCUCCUGAACAGAGUCCUGCAAAGAUGGAGAAGGAGGAGGAGACAACUCGGGAGCUGCUGCUGCCUAACUGGCAGGGCAGCGGCUCCCACGGACUGACCAUUGCCCAGAGGGAUGAUGGAGUCUUUGUUCAGGAAGUGAUGCAGAACUCCCCUGCGGCCCGCACUGGGGUGGUCAAAGAGGGGGACCAGAUUGUGGGUGCCACCAUCUACUUUGACAACCUGCAGUCUGGUGAGGUGACCCAGCUGCUGAACACCAUGGGGCACCACACUGUUGGCUUGAAGUUGCACCGUAAGGGGGACCGUUCCCCUGAGCCUGGACAGACCUGGACUCAUGAAGUCUUCAGCUCCCGUAGCUCCGAGGUGGUGCUGAGUGGGGAUGAUGAAGACUACCAGCGUAUCUACACCACAAAGAUCAAGCCACGACUGAAGUCGGAGGAUGGCGUAGAAGGGGACCUUGGGGAGACCCAGAGCCGUACCAUCACGGUGACCAGAAGGGUCACAGCCUACACUGUGGAUGUGACCGGUCGGGAAGGAGUGAAGGACAUCGACAUCAGCAGCCCUGAGUUCAUGAUCAAGAUACCAAAGCAUGAAGUGACUGAAAUCGCCAACACAGAUGUAGAAAUCCAGUCUGGGAAGACAGUGAUCAGACUGCCCUCAGGAUCGGGGGCAGUUUCUCCAACCCCUGGCUCUGCCAUGGACAUCCGGGCAGGUGCCAUUUCUGCUUCAGGACCAGAGCUCGAAGGUGCUGGCCAAUCAAAAUUCCAGGUCACCGUACCUGGGAUAAAGGUGGGAAGCCCUGGUGUCAAUGUCAGUGCAAAAGGCUUGGACUUGGGUGGCAAAGGAGGGAUCCAAGUUCCAGGGGUGGAUAUUUCAUCUUCUCUUGGGACUGGCUCAGUAGAGGUACAGGGUCCUUCCCUCCAGAGUGGUGGUACUGGGAAAAUUAAAAUUCCAACCAUGAAGAUGCCAAAAUUUGGUGUCUCAGCAGGCCCGGAGGGCCAGGUACCAGAGACAGGGCUGAGUGUUUCUGCACCUGAAUUGUCUGUGGGGCAUAAAGGUGACAAGCCAGGUUUGGCCAUUGGUGGGAACAUUCAGGCCCCUCACUUGGAAGUCAGUGCCCCUUCUGUCAAUAUUGAGGGCCUUGGGGGGAAGCUGAAGGGUCCCCAAAUCACUGGGCCAUCACUUGAAAGUGACUUAGGUCUGAAAGGUACCAAGCUGCAGGGGAACAUAGCAAUGGAUGCCUCUGCUUCCAAAAUUGAGGGCAGCAUCACUGGUCCCAGCGUGGAAGUUGGAACCCCUGAUGCCGACAUUCAUGGGCUAGGAGGCAAACUGAAUUUGCCCAAGAUGAAAGUCCCUAAAUUCUCUGCAUCAGGUUCAAAGGGAGAGGGAGUUGGUAUUGAUGUGACAGUGCCCACAGGUGAAGUGACCCUUCCUGGGGUCUCUGGGGAUGUUAGUCAGCCUGAGAUUGCCACUGGUGGGUUAGAAGGGAAGAUAAAGGGUGCUAAAGUCAAGACACCUGAAAUGAUUGUCCAGAAACCUAAAAUCUCCAUGCAGGAUGUGGAUCUGAGCCUUGGGUCUUGUAAACUGAAAGGCGAUAUGAAGGUGUCUGCUCCUGAGAUCAAAGGUGAUGUUAAAGGCCCUCAUGUGGCAGUUAAAGGCCCCAAAGUGGACAUAGAGACACCAAACUUAGAGGGGACCUUGACAGGUCCCAAGCUCAGCAGCCCUUCUGGAAAAAUAGGGGCCUGUAGGAUAUCUAUGGCAGAUGUAGACCUAAAUGUAGCUGCGCCUAAAGGGAAAGGGGGUGUAGAUGUUGUGCUACCCAAAGUAGAAGGGAAAAUCAAAGUCCCUGAACUUGAUGUCCAAGGCCCCAAAAUGGAUAUUAGUGCCCCAGAUGUGGAAGUGCAUGGCCCAGAAUGGAACUUGAAAAUGCCCAAGAUGAAGAUGCCCAAGUUCAGUGUCCCAGGGGUCAAAGGAGAAGGCCCAGAUGUAGAUGUGGCUCUACCCAAAGGAGACAUCAGUAUUUCAGGGCCUAAGGUCAACAUAGAAACCCCAAGUGCCAACAUGGAGAGUCUGGGGGGCAAACUUAAAGGUCCUGAUAUUAAUCUGCCUGAAGUGAGUGUCAAGACUCCAAAGGUUUCGAUACCUGAUGUAGAUCUGCACAUCAAAGGCGCAAAGGUGAAGGGAGAGUGUGAUGUCACAACACCAAAGCUUGAGGGUGACCUGAAAGGCCUCCAAGUGGACGCUGAUGCCCCAGAAGUGAAUGUUCAUGGCCCAGACCUGAAGAUACCCAAGAUGAAGAUGCCCAAAUUCAGUGUGCCAGGGUUCAAAGCAGAGGGCCCAGAAGUAGAUGUGAAUCUGCCCAAGGCAGAUAUGGACAUUUCUGGACCUAAGGUGGAGGUCAGUGCUCCAGAUGUGAGCAUUGAGGGACCAGAAGGGAAACUGAAAGGACCUAAGUUUAAAAUGCCUGAGAUGAAUAUCAGAGCUCCAAAGAUCUCCAUGCCAGAUGUGGACUUACACUUAAAAGGCCCCAGUGUAAAGGGAGAAUAUGAUGUCACAGUGCCAAGGCCUGAAGGUGAAAUUAAAGUUCCUGAUGUUGAACUUAAAAGUGCCAAACUGGACAUUGAUGCCCUGAAUGUGGAUGUCCAAGGUCCCGAAUGGCACAUGAAGAUGCCAAAGAUAAAAAUGCCCAAGUUUGGUAUGCCAGGCUUCAAGGCAGAAAGUCCAGAUGUGGAGGUGAAUCUCCCUAAGGCCAACAUUGAUGUCUCAGGACCCAAGGUAGAUGUCAAAGCACCAGAUGUGAACAUUGAAGGACCCGAAGGAAAACUGAAGGGUCCUAAGCUGAAGACGCCUGAGAUGAAUAUAAAGGCCCCAAAGAUCUCCAUGCCUGAUGUAGAUUUGCAUAUGAAAGGCCCCAAAGUAAAAGGAGAGUAUGAUGUCACAAUGCCAAAGAUUGAAGGAGAUUUGAAAGGCCCCAGAGUAGAUGUUAGUGCUCCAGAUGUGGACAUUCAGAGUCCUGAUUGGAACUUGAAAAUGCCAAAGAUUAAAAUGCCCAAAUUUAGCAUGCCUAGUCUCAAAGGAGAAGGCCCAGAGUUGGAUGUGAACAUGCCCAAGGCUGAUAUGGACAUUUCUGUACCAAAACUAGAUAUUAGUGCUCCAGAUUUGAACCUUGAAGGACCUGAAGGGAAGUUGAAAGGCCCCAAGUUUAAGAUGCCUGAGAUGCAUUUCAAGGCUCCAAAGGUGUCUCUACCAGAUGUGGACCUGGAUCUCAAGGGACCCAAAAUGAAAGGAAAUCUAGACAUGUCUGCACCAAAAAUAGAGGGAGAGAUGAAAGUACCAGAUGUGGACAUCAAAGGUCCGAAGGUAGAUAUUAAAUCAUCAGAUGGGGAAGGUCAGGGCCCAGACUGGAGCCUGAAAAUGCCAAAGAUGAAAAUGCCUAAGUUCAGUAUGCCUACUCUCAAAGGUGAGGGUCCAGAUGUGGAUGUGAACCUGCCUAAAGCUGACAUAGAUGUCUCAGGACCCAAGGUGGACAUUGAAGGCCCUGAUGUGAGCAUUGAAGGACCAGAAGGAAAGCUGAAAGGUCCUAAGUUCAAGAUGCCUGAGAUGAACAUCAAGGCUCCUAAGAUCUCCAUGCCUGAUGUGGACUUAAACUUGAAAGGCCCCAAAGUCAAGGGGGAUGUGGAUGUGACAGUGCCCAAGCUAGAAGGUGAAAUGAAAGUGCCAGAUGUGGACAUCAAAGGACCUAAAGUGGACAUUAGUGUCCCAGAUGUGGAUGUCCAUGGGCCAGAUUGGCACCUGAAGAUGCCCAAGAUGAAAAUGCCCAAGUUCAGCAUGCCUGGCUUCAAAGCAGAAGGCCCAGAAGUGGAUGUGAACCUGCCCAAGGCUGACAUUGAUAUUUCAGGACCCAAGGUGGACAUUGAAGGCCCUGAUGUGAGCAUUGAAGGACCAGAAGGAAAGCUGAAAGGCCCCAAGUUUAAGAUGCCUGACAUGCAUUUCAAGGCUCCUAAGAUCUCCAUGCCUGAUGUGGACUUGAAUAUUAAGGGGCCCAAAGGAAAAGCAGAUGUGGAUGUAUCAUUGCCUAAUGUAGAGGGUGAAAUAAAAGUUCCAGAUGUGGAUGUUAAAGGGCCCAAAGUUGCCAUUGACGCUCCAGACGUUGAAGUUCAUGGCCCAGACUGGCACCUUAAGAUGCCUAAAAUGAAAAUGCCUAAGUUUAGUAUGCCUGGCUUCAAAGGAGAAGGCCCAGAAGUGGACAUCCCUAAGGCCAACAUUGAUGUCUCAGGACCCAAGGUAGACAUUAAUGUUCCAGAUGUAAAUAUUGAAGGUCCAGAUACAAAACUAAAAGGACCAAAAUUUAAGAUGCCAGAAAUGAAUAUAAAGCCUCAGAAGAUAUCCAUGCCAGAUGUUAGCUUGAAUUUGAAAGGCCCUAAAGUGAAAGGAGACUGUGAUGUCUCAGUUCCAAAAGUGGGAGGAGAAAUAAAAGCUCCUGCUGUUGAUAUCAAAGGCCCCCAAGUAGAUGUACCAGAUGUGGAUGUUCAUGGCCCAGACUGGCACCUAAAGAUGCCUAAGGUAAAAAUGCCCAAGUUCAGUAUGCCAGGCUUCAAAGGAGAGGGCCCUGAAGUGGAUGUAAAUCUUCAAAAGGCCAACAUUGAUGUCUCAGGACCCAAAGUGAACAUUGAUGUUCCAGAUGUGAACAUUGAAGCUCCAGAAGGGAAACUAAAGGGCCCCAAGUUCAAGAUGCCGAGCAUGAAUAUACAGACACACAAAAUCUCUAUGCCUGAUGUUGGUCUUAAUCUGAAAGGACCUAAACUGAAAAGUGAUGUAGAUGUUUCUCUUCCAAAAGUGGAAGGAAAUUUGAAAGGUCCUGAAGUUGAUGUUAAAGUCCCUAAGGUGGAUGUGGAUGUUGGUGAUAUUGAUAUUGAAUGUCCAGAAGGCAAGUUGAAGGGUCCCAAGUUUAAGAUGCCUGACAUGCACUUCAAGGCCCCCAAGAUCUCCAUGCCUGAUGUGGACUUAAACUUGAAAGGCCCCAAAGUCAAGGGGGAUGUGGAUGUGACUGUGCCCAAGCUAGAAGGUGAAAUGAAAGUGCCAGAUGUGGACAUCAAAGGACCUAAAGUGGACAUCAAUGCUCCAGAUGUGGAUGUCCAUGGGCCAGAUUGGCACCUGAAGAUGCCCAAGAUGAAAAUGCCCAAGUUCAGCAUGCCCGGUUUUAAAGGCGAGGGCCCUGAAGUGGAUGUGAGCCUGCCAAAGACUGACAUUGAUGUCUCAGGACCCAAGGUGGACAUUGAUGUUCCAGAUGUGAAUAUAGAAGGUCCUGAUGCAAAACUGAAAGGCUCCAAAUUUAAGAUGCCCAAGUUCAAUAUCAAGGCUCCCAAGAUCUCCAUGCCAGAUGUGGACUUGAAUUUGAAGGGGCCCAAACUGAAAGGAGAGAUAGAUGCUUCUGUGCCAGAAAUGGAAGCUGAUCUCAGAGGUCCUCAAGUUGAUAUCAAAGGCCCCAAUGUAGAUGUGGAAGUGCCUGAUGUUGACCUGGAAUGUCCUGAUGCAAAAUUGAAGGGCCCUAAGUUUAAGAUGCCUGACAUGCACUUCAAGGCCCCUAAGAUCUCCAUGCCUGAUGUGGACUUACAUUUGAAAGGCCCCAAAGUCAAAGGGGAUCUCGAUGCCACAGUGCCAAAACUAGAAGGAGAACUAAAAGGUCCCAGUGUGGAUGUGGAAAUACCUGAUGUUGACCUGGAAUGUCCUGAUGCAAAGUUGAAGGGCCCCAAGUUUAAGAUGCCUGACAUGCACUUCAAGGCUCCUAAGAUCUCCAUGCCUGAUGUGGACUUAAACUUGAAAGGCCCCAAAGUCAAGGGGGAUGUGGAUGUGACUGUGCCCAAGCUAGAAGGUGAAAUGAAAGUGCCAGAUGUGGACAUCAAAGGACCUAAAGUGGACAUUAGUGCCCCAGAUGUGGAUGUUCAUGGGCCAGAUUGGCACCUGAGGAUGCCCAAGAUGAAAAUGCCCAAGUUCAGCAUGCCUGGCUUCAAAGCAGAAGGCCCAGAAGUGGAUGUAAACCUGCCCAAGGCUGACAUUGAUAUUUCAGGACCCAAGGUGGACAUUGAAGGCCCUGAUGUGAGCAUUGAAGGGCCAGAAGGAAAGCUGAAAGGCCCCAAGUUUAAGAUGCCUGACAUGCACUUCAAGGCUCCUAAGAUCUCCAUGCCUGAUGUGGACCUGCACUUGAAAGGCCCUAAGGUCAAAGGGGAUAUGGAUGUGACUGUUCCAAAGCUGGAAGGAGAUUUGAAAGGCCCCGAUGUGAAUGUAGAAGUACCUGAUGUUGACCUGGAAUGUCCUGAUGCAAAGCUGAAAGGCCCCAAGUUUAAGAUGCCUGACAUGCACUUCAAGGCCCCUAAGAUCUCCAUGCCUGAUGUGGACUUACAUUUGAAAGGCCCCAAAGUCAAAGGGGAUCUUGACGUGACAGUGCCAAAACUAGAAGGAGAACUAAAAGGGCCCAACAUAGAUGUGGAAAUACCUGAUGUUGACCUGGAAUGUCCUGAUGCAAAGUUGAAGGGCCCCAAGUUUAAGAUGCCUGACAUGCACUUCAAGGCUCCUAAGAUCUCCAUGCCUGAUGUGGACUUGAACUUGAAAGGCCCCAAAGUCAAGGGGGAUGUGGAUGUGACAGUGCCCAGGCUAGAAGGUGAAAUGAAAGUGCCAGAUGUGGACAUCAAAGGACCUAAAGUGGACAUCAGUGCCCCAGAUGUGGAUGUCCAUGGGCCAGAUUGGCACCUGAAGAUGCCCAAGAUGAAAAUGCCCAAGUUCAGCAUGCCUGGCUUCAAAGCAGAAGGCCCAGAAGUGGAUGUGAACCUGCCCAAGGCUGACAUUGAUGUCUCAGGACCCAAGGUGGACAUUGAAGGUCCUGAUGUGAGCAUUGAAGGGCCAGAAGGAAAGCUGAAAGGUCCUAAGUUUAAGAUGCCUGACAUGCACUUCAAGGCUCCUAAGAUCUCCAUGCCUGAUGUUGAUUUCAACUUAAAGGGUUCUAAAAUCAAAGGAGAUAUUGAUGUUUCAGUCCCAAAACUUGAGGGAGACUUAAAGGGUCCAGAACUGGAUGUCAAGGGCCCCAAAUUGGAUGUCGACAUGCCAGAAGUAGCUGUUGAAGGCCCGGAAGGUAAAUGGAAAAGUCCUAAAUUCAAGAUGCCAGACAUGCACUUUAAAGCUCCUAAAAUCUCCAUGCCAGACAUUGAUCUUCACUUAAAGAGUCCAAAGAUAAAGGGUGAGGUUGAUGUAGAUGUUCCCAAAUUGGAAGGAGACCUCAAAGGGCCAAAUGUGGACCUAAGUGGACCAGACAUUGAGAUUGAAGGACCAGAAGGCAAACUGAAGGGUCCUAAGUUCAAGAUGCCAGAGAUGAACAUCAAGGCUCCCAAGAUCUCCAUGCCUGAUUUGCAUCUUAAGGGUCCCAAACUAAAGGGAGAUGUGGAUGUUUCCCUGCCCAAAGUAGAAGGUGACCUCAAGGGCCCUGAAGUUGACAUCAAAGGCCCCAAAGUGGACAUUAGUGCUCCAGAUGUAGAUGUUCAGGGCCCAGACUGGCACCUGAAGAUGCCCAAGGUGAAAAUGCCCAAGUUCAGCAUGCCUGGCUUCAAGGGAGAGGGCCCUGAAGUAGAUGUGAGCCUGCCAAAGGCUGACAUUGAUGUCUCAGGACCCAAGGUGGACAUUGAUGUUCCAGAUGUGAAUAUAGAAGGUCCUGAUGCAAAACUUAAGGGUCCUAAGUUCAAGAUGCCAGAGAUGAACAUCAAGGCUCCCAAGAUCUCCAUGCCUGAUUUACAUCUUAAGGGUCCCAAACUAAAGGGAGAUGUGGAUGUUUCCCUGCCCAAAGUAGAAGGUGACCUCAAGGGCCCUGAAGUUGACAUCAAAGGCCCCAAAGUGGACAUUAGUGCUCCAGAUGUAGAUGUUCAUGGUCCAGACUGGCACCUGAAGAUGCCCAAGGUGAAAAUACCCAAGUUCAGCAUGCCUGGCUUCAAGGGAGAGGGCCCUGAAGUAGAUAUGAGCCUGCCAAAGGCUGACAUUGAUGUCUCAGGACCCAAGGUGGACAUUGAUGUUCCAGAUGUGAAUAUAGAAGGUCCUGAUGCAAAACUUAAGGGUCCUAAGUUCAAGAUGCCAGAGAUGAACAUCAAGGCUCCCAAGAUCUCCAUGCCUGAUUUACAUCUUAAGGGUCCCAAACUAAAGGGAGAUGUGGAUGUUUCCCUGCCCAAAGUAGAAGGUGACCUCAAGGGCCCUGAAGUUGACAUCAAAGGCCCCAAAGUGGACAUUAGUGCUCCAGAUGUAGAUGUUCAUGGUCCAGACUGGCACCUGAAGAUGCCCAAGGUGAAAAUACCCAAGUUCAGCAUGCCUGGCUUCAAGGGAGAGGGCCCUGAAGUAGAUAUGAGCCUGCCAAAGGCUGACAUUGAUGUCUCAGGACCCAAGGUAGACAUUGAUGUUCCAGAUGUGAAUAUAGAAGGUCCUGAUGCAAAACUUAAGGGUCCUAAGUUCAAGAUGCCAGAGAUGAACAUCAAGGCUCCCAAGAUCUCCAUGCCUGAUUUACAUCUCAAGGGUCCCAAACUAAAGGGAGAUGUGGAUGUUUCCUUGCCCAAAGUAGAAGGUGACCUCAAGGGCCCUGAAGUUGACAUCAAAGGCCCUAAAGUGGACAUUGAUGCUCCAGAUGUAGAUGUUCAUGGUCCAGACUGGCACCUGAAGAUGCCCAAGGUGAAAAUGCCCAAGUUCAGCAUGCCUGGUUUCAAGGGAGAGGGUCCUGAAGUGGAUGUGAACCUGCCAAAGGCUGACAUAGAUGUCUCAGGACCCAAGGUGGACAUUGAAGGCCCUGAUGUGAGCAUUGAAGGACCAGAAGGAAAGUUGAAGGGUCCUAAGUUCAAGAUGCCUGAGAUGAACAUCAAAGCCCCCAAGAUCUCCAUGCCAGACAUUGAUCUUAACCUGAAAGGCCCCAAAGUGAAGGGUGAUGUAGACGUGUCCCUGCCCAAAGUGGAAGGUGAGAUUAAAGUUCCUGAAGUUGACAUCAAAGGCCCCAAAGUAGACAUUGAUGCUCCAGGUGUGGAUGUUCAUGGUCCAGACUGGCACCUGAAGAUGCCCAAGAUGAAAAUGCCCAAGUUCAGCAUGCCUGGCUUCAAGGGAGAGGGCCCUGAAGUAGAUGUGAACCUGCCAAAGGCUGACAUUGAUGUUUCAGGACCCAAGGUGGACAUUGAUGUUCCAGAUGUGAAUAUUGAAGGUCCUGAUGCAAAACUGAAGGGUCCUAAGUUCAAGAUGCCAGAAAUGAACAUUAAAGCUCCUAAGAUCUCAAUGCCAGAUUUGGACCUUAACAUUAAAGGCCCCAAAGUGAAAGGAGAUGUGGAUGUUUCACUUCCAAGUGUUGAAGGUGAUUUGAAAGGGCCUUCUCUUGACAUAAAGGACCCAAAAUUAGAUAUAAAUGCUCCAGAUGUUGACAUUCAUGGUCCCGAGGGCAAAUUAAAAGGCCCCAAACUGAAAAUGCCUGACAUGCAUGUCAACAUGCCCAAGAUCUCUAUGCCUGAAAUUGACUUGAAUUUAAAGGGCUCAAAGCUUAAGGGAGAUGUUGAUAUCUCUGGACCCAAACUGGAGGGUGAAAUUAAAACUCCCAAGUUAGAUGUGAAGGGCCCGGAAGUGGACAUUUCUGCUCCCAAGGUUAAUAUUGAAGGGAAAUCAAAGAAAUCUCGUUUUAAACUCCCUAAAUUUAAUUUUUCUGGAUCCAAAGUUCAGACACCUGACAUGGAUGUCAAAGUUAAAAAGCCAGAUGUUGAUGUAACAGCUCCAAAAGUUGACAUUAAUGCUCCAGAAGUUGAAGUACAAGGCAAAGUGAAAGGAUCCAAGUUUAAAAUGCCUUUCCUGAGUAUUUCAUCUCCCAAAGUUUCUAUGCCUGAUGUGGAGCUAAAUUUGAAAGGUCCUAAGGUCAAAGGAGACUUAGAUGUAGCAGGCCCAAAUUUAGAAGGAGAUUUUAAAAGCCCUAAAGUGGACAUUAAAGCACCAGAGGUUCAUAUUAAUGCACCUGAUGUGGACGUUCAUGGUCCAGAAUGGAAUCUGAAGAUGCCCAAGAUGAAAAUGCCCAAGUUCAGUGUGUCUGGCAUAAAAGCAGAAGGACCUGAUGUGGCUAUGGAUUUACCAAAAGGAGACAUCAAUGUAGAAGGUCCCAGUAUGAAUAUUGAGGGCCCAGAACUCAAUGUAGAGUGUCCAGAGGGAAGCUUAAAAGGCUCCAAAUUUAAGAUGCCUGAGAUGAACAUCAAAGCCCCCAAGAUCUCUAUGCCUGACAUUGACUUAAACCUGAAAGGUCCCAAGGUAAAAGGUGAUGUAGAUGUAUCUCUUCCCAAACUUGAAGGGGAUCUUAAAGGACCAAAAGUUGACAUUAAAGACCCCAAAGUGGACAUCAGUGCUCCAGAUGUGGAUGUUCAUGGUCCAGACUGGCACCUGAAGAUGCCCAAGGUGAAAAUGCCCAAGUUCAGCAUGCCUGGCUUCAAGGGAGAGGGCCCUGAAGUGGAUGUUAAUUUGCCCAAAGCUGACAUUGAUGUCUCAGGACCCAAGGUGGACAUUGAUGUUCCAGAUGUGAAUAUAGAAGGUCCUGAUGCAAAACCGAAGGGUCCUAAGUUCAAGAUGCCAGAGAUGAACAUCAAGGCUCCCAAGAUCUCCAUGCCCGACUUUGAUCUGAAUCUUAAAGGCCCAAAAUGGAAGGGUGAUGUGGAUGUGUCCUUGCCCAAAGUAGAAGGUGACCUCAAGGGUCCAGAGGUGGAUAUUACUGGCCCUAAAGUGGACAUUGACAUUCCUGAAGUUAGCAUUGAAGGUCCAGAGGGCAAACUGAAAGGUCCCAAGUUUAAGAUGCCCGAGAUGAACAUCACAGCCCCCAAGAUCUCCAUGCCAGACAUUGAUCUUAACCUGAAAGGCCCCAAAGUGAAGGGUGAUGUAGACGUGUCCCUGCCCAAAGUGGAAGGUGGCCUCAAGGGCCCUGAAGUUGACAUCAAAGGCCCCAAAGUGGACAUUGAUGCUCCAGAUGUGGAUGUUCAUGGUCCAGACUGGCACCUGAAGAUGCCCAAAAUAAAAAUGCCCAAAUUCAGCAUGCCUGGCUUCAAGGGAGAGGGCCCUGAAGUAGAUGUGAACCUGCCAAAGGCUGACAUUGAUGUCUCAGGACCCAAGGUGGACAUUGAUAUUCCAGAUGUGAAUAUUGAAGGUCCUGAUGCAAAACUGAAGGGUCCUAAGUUCAAGAUGCCAGAGAUGAACAUCAAGGCUCCCAAGAUCUCCAUGCCUGAUUUACAUCUCAAGGGUCCCAAACUAAAAGGAGAUGUGGAUGUAUCCCUGCCAAAAGUAGAAGGUGACCUCAAGGGCCCUGAAGUUGACAUCAAAGGCCCCAAAGUGGACAUUAGUCCUCCAGAUGUAGAUGUUCAUGGUCCAGACUGGCACCUGAAGAUGCCCAAGGUGAAAAUGCCCAAGUUCAGCAUGCCUGGAAUCAAGGGAGAGGGUCCUGAAGUGGAUGUGAGCCUGCCAAAGGCUGACAUUGAUGUCUCAGGACCCAAGGUGGACAUUGAAGGCCCUGAUGUGAGCAUUGAAGGACCAGAAGGAAAGUUGAAGGGUCCUAAGUUCAAGAUGCCUGAGAUGAACAUCAAAGCCCCCAAGAUCUCCAUGCCAGACAUUGAUCUUAACCUGAAAGGCCCCAAAGUGAAGGGUGAUGUAGACGUGUCCCUGCCCAAAGUGGAAGGUGAGAUUAAAGUUCCUGAAGUUGACAUCAAAGGCCCCAAAGUGGACAUUGAUGCUCCAGAUGUGGAUGUUCAUGGUCCAGACUGGCACCUGAAGAUGCCCAAAAUAAAAAUGCCCAAGUUCAGCAUGCCUGGCUUCAAGGGAGAGGGCCCUGAAGUAGAUGUGAACCUGCCAAAGGCUGACAUUGAUGUCUCAGGACCCAAGGUGGACAUUGAUAUUCCAGAUGUGAAUAUUGAAGGUCCUGAUGCAAAACUUAAGGGUCCUAAGUUCAAGAUGCCAGAGAUGAACAUCAAGGCUCCCAAGAUCUCCAUGCCUGAUUUACAUCUCAAGGGUCCCAAACUAAAGGGAGAUGUGGAUGUUUCCCUGCCCAAAGUAGAAGGUGACCUCAAGGGUCCUGAAGUUGACAUCAAAGGCCCUAAAGUGGACAUUGAUGCUCCAGAUGUAGAUGUUCAUGGUCCAGACUGGCACCUGAAGAUGCCCAAGGUGAAAAUGCCCAAGUUCAGCAUGCCUGGCUUUAAGGGAGAGGGUCCUGAAGUGGAUGUGAACCUUCCGAAGGCUGACAUAGAUGUCUCAGGACCCAAGGUGGACAUUGACACUCCUGACAUUGGCAUUCAUGGUCCAGAAGGGAAACUAAAGGGCCCCAAGUUUAAAAUGCCUGAUCUCCACCUCAAGGCACCCAAGAUCUCAAUGCCAGAAGUUGACUUGAACCUGAAAGGGCCGAAGGUGAAGGGUGAUGUGGAUGUAUCUCUGCCCAAAGUGGAAGGAGACCUCAAAGGCCCUGAAGUUGACAUCAAAGGCCCCAAAGUGGACAUCAAUGCUCCAGAUGUGGAUGUUCAUGGUCCAGACUGGCACCUGAAGAUGCCCAAGGUGAAAAUGCCCAAGUUCAGCAUGCCUGGCUUCAAGGGAGAGGGCCCUGAAGUGGAUGUAAACCUGCCAAAGGCUGACAUUGAUGUCUCAGGACCCAAGGUGGACAUUGAUGUUCCAGAUGUGAAUAUUGAAGGUCCUGAUGCAAAACUGAAGGGUCCUAAGUUCAAGAUGCCAGAGAUGAACAUCAAGGCUCCCAAGAUCUCCAUGCCUGACAUUGAUUUGCACUUGAAGGGGCCUAAACUGAAGGGAGAUGUGGAUGCUUCCUUGCCUAAAAUGGAAGGUGAACUAAAAGGCCCUGCUAUUGAUAUAAAGGGUCCCAGUGUGGAUAUCGACACUCCUGACAUCAAUAUUGAUGGUCCAGAAGGGAAAUUAAAGGGACCCAAAUUCAAAAUACCAGACAUGCACAUCAAAGCUCCCAAGAUUUCCAUGCCUGACUUUGACUUAAACCUUAAAGGACCCAAGGUAAAAGGAGAUGUGGACCUUGCACUACCUAAGGUCGAAGGUGAUCUCAAAGGGCCAGAGGUAGACAUUGAGGGUCCUGAAGGAAAGCUCAAAGGUCCCAAAUUUAAGAUGCCAGAUGUCCAUUUUAAGACCCCUCAAAUUUCAAUGAGUGACAUUGAUUUGAACAUGAGAGGACCUAAGAUAAGGGGAGAUUUGGACAUAGAAGGGGAUUUGAAAGGUCCCAAACUGGAUGUCAAAGGCCCUAAACUGGACAUUGACACUCCUGACAUUGACGUUCAUGGUCCAGAAGGGAAACUAAAGGGCCCCAAGUUUAAAAUGCCUGAUCUCCACCUCAAGGCACCCAAGAUCUCAAUGCCAGAAGUUGACUUGAACCUGAAAGGGCCGAAGGUGAAGGGUGAUGUAGAUGUAUCUCUGCCCAAAGUGGAAGGAGACCUCAAAGGCCCUGAAGUUGACAUCAAAGGCCCCAAUGUGGACAUCAAUGCUCCAGAUGUGGAUGUUCAUGGUCCAGACUGGCACCUGAAGAUGCCCAAGGUGAAAAUGCCCAAGUUCAGCAUGCCUGGCUUCAAGGGAGAGGGCCCUGAAGUAGAUGUAAACCUGCCAAAGGCUGACAUUGAUGUCUCAGGACCCAAGGUGGACAUUGAUGUUCCAGAUGUGAAUAUUGAAGGUCCUGAUGCAAAACUUAAGGGUCCUAAGUUCAAGAUGCCAGAGAUGAACAUCAAGGCUCCCAAGAUCUCCAUGCCCGAUUUACAUCUUAAGGGUCCCAAACUAAAGGGAGAUGUGGACGUUUCCUUGCCCAAAGUAGAAGGUGACUUCAAGGGCCCGGAAAUUGAUAUUAAAGGACCUAAUGUUGACAUUGAUGUUCCAGAUGUGAAUAUUGAAGGUCCUGAUGCAAAACUGAAGGGAUCUAAGUUCAAAAUGCCAGAGAUUAACAUCAAAGCCCCCAAGAUCUCCAUGCCAGACAUUGAUCUUAACCUGAAAGGCCCCAAAGUGAAGGGUGAUGUGGAUGUGUCCCUGCCCAAAGUGGAAGGUGAGAUUAAAGUUCCUGAAGUUGACAUCAAAGGCCCCAAAGUGGACAUUGAUGCUCCAGAUGUGGAUGUUCAUGGUCCAGACUGGCACCUGAAGAUGCCCAAGGUGAAAAUGCCCAAGUUCAGCAUGCCUGGCUUCAAGGGAGAGGGCCCUGAAGUAGAUGUGAGCCUGCCAAAGGCUGACAUUGAUGUCUCAGGACCCAAGGUGGACAUUGAUGUUCCAGAUGUGAAUAUAGAAGGUCCUGAUGCAAAACUGAAGGGUCCUAAGUUCAAGAUGCCGGAGAUUAGCAUCAAGGCUCCAAAGAUAUCUAUGCCUGAUGUGGAUCUGGAGUUAAAAGGACCCAAAGUAAAAGGAGACUUUGAUGUGUCUGUUCCCAAGAUUGAAGGUAGUCUCAAAGGACCCGAAGUAGACCUGAAAGGUCCAGGUCUAGAUUUUGAAGGCCCUGAUGCUAAACUUAGUGGCCCUAACUUGAAGAUGCCAUCACUGGAUGUGUCUGCUCCUAAAAUAACUGGACCUGAUGUUAAUGUGCACCUCAAGACACCAAAAAUUGGUGUUUCUGGGCCUAAGUUAGGAAGUGGUGAAGUGGACCUCAAGGGACCCAAAGUUGAUUUAGAAACUCCAAGUUUAGACGUCCGCAUGGAGAGCCCAGAUAUUAAUAUCGAGGGUCCAGAUGUUAAAGUUCCAAAGUUUAAGAAACCCAAGUUUGGAUUUGGUGCAAAAAGCGCUAAAGCUGACAUCAAGACACCCUCAGUUGAUGUGACUGUCCCUGAAGCAGAGCUGAGUGUUGAGACCCCUGACGUAAGCCUUGGUGGAAAGGGCAAGAAAAGCAAGUUUAAAAUGCCUAAAAUUCACAUGAGUGGCCCUAAAGUUAAGGCCAAAAAGCAGGGAUUUGAUUUGAACGUUCCCGGAGGUGAGAUUGAUGCCAGUCUGAAGGCUCCCGAUGUGGAUAUUGGUGUUGCAGGGCCUGACGCUGCACUCAAAGUUGAUGUAAAGUCUCCGAAAGCCAAGAAAACCAUGUUUGGGAAAAUGUACUUCCCAGAUGUAGAAUUUGACAUCAAGUCACCUAAAUUUAAAGCAGAGGCUUCCCUACCUAGCCCUAAGUUGGAGGGUGACAUCAAGGUACCAGAUCUGGACAUUUCUUCACCAGGGGUUAAUGUGGAAGCUCCUGACAUCCAUGUGAAGGCUCCCAAGUUCAAGGUGCCAGGUGUGGAUGUCUCAGGGCCAAAGUUAGAGGGCAACUUGAAAGGUCCUAAGGUGCAGGCAAACUUGGAGACACCUAACAUCAACAUUGAAGGCUCUGAUGCCAAAAUCAAAGCACCCUCAUUCAGUGUGUCUGCUCCUCAAGUCUCCAUACCUGAUGUGAAUGUUAAGUUGACAGGACCAAAGAUAAAGGGUGAUGCCCCCAGUGUGGGUCUGGAAGGACCUGAUGUCGAUUUGCAAGGUCCAGAAGGAAAAAUCAAGUUCCCCAAGUUUUCACUGCCCAAGAUCAGUGCCCCCGGUCUUGAAGGAAGCUUGAGCACAUCAGAUGUUAAGUUGGAAGGGCCUGAUAUAUCUCUUAAAGGCCCAGGAGUGGACUUGCCUUCAGUGGACCUCUCUAUGCCAAAAAUUUCUGGGCCUGAUCUUGACCUGAACUUGAAAGGACCAAGUCUGAAGGGAGACCUGGAUGCAUCCAGUCCCAGCAUGAAGCUGCACGCCCCAGGUCUUGACCUCAAAGGUGUUGGUGGAAAAGUACAGAUAGGAGGAGAUGGUGUGAAAGUCCCAGGGAUUGAUGCCACAGCAGCCCUUAAUGUGGGGGUACCUGACGUGACCCUGAAGGGACCAAGCCUACAGGGAGAUCUGACCAUGUCUGGGGACAUCAAGUGCCCUAAACUAUCUGCGGGUGCCCCUGAUCUCAGCUUGGAGGCCUCAGAAGGUAGCAUCAAAUUUCCACACAUGAAGCUGCCUCAGUUUGGCAUCUCUGCUCCAGGGUCCGACUUGGACGUUAACAUCAAGGGGCCACAAGUUUGUGGAGAACUGAAGGGGCCAGGAAUGGAUGUGAACCUGAAGGGGCCCCAGAUCUCAACACCAAGCAUGGACUUUAACUUGGAAGGACCAAAAGUGAAGGGGAGCCUUGGGGCCACUGGAGAACUGAAAGGCCCAGUAGUUGGGGGAAGCCUUCCAGGCAUCAGUGUUCAGGGCCUAGAAGGAAAUCUCCAAAUGCCUGGAAUUAAGGCUUCUGGGUUUGAUGUGCAACUCCCAACGGGGCAGCUUUCUGGUCCUGAAAUUAAAGGAGAUCUGAAAGGUUCAGGAAUAGGUCUCCAUGGGGCUGUCCCUGAUAUCAGUGUCAAGGGGCCUUCCUUUAACAUGGCAUCUCCAGAGUCAGAUUUUGGUGUCAGCUUGAAGGGCCCCAAAGUCAAAGGAGGUGUAGAUGUUUCAGGGGGUGUUAGUGUCCCAGAUAUCAACCUGGGUGAAGGGCAUAUGAAUGUCAAAGACUCUGGCGUUGAGUGGAAGGGACCCCAAGUCUCCUCCUCUCUAAACCUGGAUACAUCUAAACUUGCUGGGAACCUUCAUUUCUCAGGACCAAAGAUAGAAGGAGGCAUGAAAGGAGGCCAGACUGGACUCCAGGGUCCCGGGCUGAGUGUGUCUGGGCCUCAAGGUCACUUGGAAAGUGGAUCUGGAAAAGUAACAUUCCCCAAGAUGAAGAUCCCCAAAUUUGCCUUCUCUGGCCGUGAGCUUGUUGGCAGAGAAGUAGGGGUGGAUGUCAACUUCCCUAAAGUAGAGGCCAAUGUGCAGGCUGGUGCAGGAGAAGACGAAUGGGAAGAGUCAGAAGUAAAACUUAAAAAAUCCAAAAUCAAAAUGCCCAAGUUUAAUUUUUCCAAACCUAAAGGGAAAGGUGGUGUCACCAGCUCACCAGAAGCAUCCAUUUCUGGGUCCAAAGGGGACCUGAAGAGCUCAAAGGCCAGCUUGGGCUCUCUGGAAGGAGAAGCAGAUGCUGAAGCAUCGUCACCAAAAGGCAAAUUCUCGCUGUUUAAAAGUAAGAAGCCAAGACACCGCUCCAACUCCUUCAGCGAUGAGAGGGAGUUCUCGGCGCCUUCCACCCCAACCGGGACUUUGGAGUAUGCAGGUGGAGAAGUUAAAAGCAAACACGGGAAGCUGAAAUUUGGUACCUUCGGUGGGUUGGGGUCAAAGAGCAAAGGUCAUUAUGAGGUGACUGGGAGUGAUGAUGAGGCAGCCAAGUUACAGGGGAGUGGAGUGUCUUUGGCCUCAAAGAAGUCCCGACUGUCUUCCUCUUCUAGCAAUGACAGUGGGACGAAGGUUGGCAUCCAGCUUCCUGAGGUAGAACUCUCAAUUUCCACAAAGAAAGAGUAGUGGGCCUUGUAUGUGUGUACAUAUAUAUAAAUACAUCAGCCUUGGGUGUGUUUGUAUAUAAACUCCAAAGAGAAACACCCCAACAGCCUCAGCAAUAAUGCAAAGAUCUUGCCUCUCCCAGUGGCAAGUGCUGACAAACUGAGUGCCUCUAGGCUCCUGGGACUCUGCAGCUAGGUAAAGAGUUCUAAGUUCAUCUGGCCCAUGUGCAAAGUCAACAGUAUUUGCCUUAAGAUUUUAGUUUUUUUGGUUUCUUUUCUUUUUUUUUUUUUUUUUGCAUUGAACGCUGAGAGCUCGUGUUUACUAAGCAAGCUUUUGUGUUUAUCCUUAUUUUUACUGAACAUUGUUAGUACCUGGGUAAUGGAAACCCACUUUCUUUUCAUUGUAAUGACUUGGGGCGCUUUUGUGAGUAAGGGAAGGUGGGAUAAAAGGUGACAGAGGGGUCUAGGUCGUCAUUGCUCUGAAGGUUGGAUAUGUACAAACAGCAACACCCUGGCAUGGCUCAGAGGAGGUGGCAGCCAGGAGGUGGGUGUUUCUCAAUUCUCUGUAGCAUGACUUUUAAUCCCUAGGUGUGUUAGUCCCAGCCUAGUUUGGUGCUUAAGGUGAGAGGGGGAUUUAAAUCUGUCUGCAAAUUGUCCAACCCGCCAGGUCAGUGUGAGGGGCUUCCAUUCUGGGUUUGGUAAGAAAAGUGUUCAUUCGUGACUGCUGUGUUCUGAGAAAAGUUCUGAUUCCUUUUAACAAAUGUCAUCAUGAUUAAGGAAAUGUCUGGCACUUUAAUGGAAAAUUAAUUGAGAAUGUAAGAAAGUUGAUGCUGUACAAGGCAAAUAAAACUGUUCAUUAA